AUGACUUUUAGCCGGGGUGUUGAGUUCUUAUUGGCCGUAAGGGAGCAUUACACAGAUAUGAUGAUGGUCGAACGCAUUGAUGGUUGGCGUUUCCACGUUCGUGGUGGGCAACGUGACUGUUUGGUUGACUUAGAAGCAAAAUCUUGUUCAUGCGGGGUGUUUGGUGUUGAGAAAAUACCAUGUUCACAUGCAAUUAAGGCUGCCAAAUCCGCUGGAUGGCAUAUGUUUACCGUGGUAGAAGCUUACUAUAGAAAAGAUUAUGUCUAUGCAUCGUACGCGGCUAACAUUAUGCCCAAUGUCGAGCACACUCCGAUUGGGCCACAUAUCCGAUGUAUGCCUCCAAUACCGAAGCGGAAGCCUGGUAGGCAAAAGAAGUCUCGUUGGCUUACAUGGCUAGAACUGUCACUGAUACUAAUAGUAUUUGUUCAGGUUGCUGAAGACGGAGAGUAG